AUGGCUGAUACCACAAUCCAUAUUAAUGCUCCUUCUCUUGGUGCCGAGAUCCUCGGUGCUCUCGACAAUGACAGUAAUAUCGCGCUUUUCCGUGGAAUCCCCUACGCAGAUGUCUUCAAGCGCUGGACGCAUAGCGUGACUCGACACUCAUUAGAGGGCACAUACGAUGCGACGCAGUUUGGUCCUCGUUGUAACCAGGGAAAUGGCAUGGUUCUAGUUACAGGAGGAACCAAUGAUGCCACUCCAGGCGAUGACGAGUUUAAAUGCCUGAACCUCAAUAUUGCUGUUCCGAAUGAAGCCAUUGGAAAAGCCGAAUCUUUGCCUGUUAUGGUGUGGAUUCAUGGUGGUGGCUUCGCCUACGGCGCAAACUCUGUCGCCCGUUAUCGUCCCCAGAGCUUUAUGGCCCACGCCCGGAAAUCAAAUACCCCUGUCAUCCUAGUCCAGAUGAACUACCGCCUUGGCGCUCUCGGCUUUUCCGCUUCUACAGACUUGGCUACGGAAGUUGAGGGUAGCACAGAACCGAUCGGAAACUAUGGUCUCGUUGACCAACGGAAUGCAUUGGAGUGGGUUAACCAACAUAUCGCCGACUUUGGCGGUGACCCGAAUAACAUCACUGUCUUUGGCGUUAGUGCUGGUAGUGCCAGUAUCCAUGCUCACUUGCUUGCGGGUCAUGAGUUGUUCGACCGAGCGAUCAUGAUGUCCGGUGCUGCUCCAACUCUGUUCCCAGUCCGUAGUGAACUCUUUGAGGAGCAGUGGAAUGGACUGUGUGAGCGGGCCGGCGCUACUGAGUCUACUGCUGGUGCUCGACUGGAACACCUUCGCAGUCUGGAUAUUAAUGAUAUUCUCAAAUAUGCCGGCCAGGCUGUGAUGGGACCGGCCGGCGAUGGGAAGCUUAUUCCUAAGACCUGGUCGUUCGAUGAUAAUGUCUCCAAUGCUCGUUGCAAGUCUAUUAUCCUUGGUGAUACUAACGUCGAAGCACUCAUCUUCGAUGGUAUGCUAGGCAGACUGACUCAAGAGAAGAUGCAUGAGGCUAUCACACGGAGCUUCCCGGAUAGCAAGGCGAGCGAGUUAUGUCACCACUUUGGCUUUUCGCAAGGACAGUCUGCUGAGGAUUUCCGUGAUGCCUUCCGCCUUCUUCUGGGCACUAUUUUGUUCCAGUAUCCCAACAUCGGUAUUGCCGAGGCAUCUCGCAAAUCUGACUCGUGGAAGAAUAAUGUUUUCUUGUACCACUGGGAAGAGCCAUCGCCCUUCCCUGGUGCUACAAUAGGAAUGUCUUAUCAUGGCCUUUGUGCCCUUCUCAUGCAUCUGAAUGAGCUGGAUUCUUGUCCUCAAGCCACUCGCGAUGUCUCAUUGGAAGCUGCUCGCGUUUGGGCGGCUUUCGCUCAUGGUCAACAGCCAUGGGAGGCUUACUCGACAAACUGUCAAUUCAUGCGCUUUGGGCCAGAAGGUAAGACGGGUCUUUCCGCCUUUUCUGAUGACCAUACUCGAGCAUACGGUUUUCUUGAGUGGUUGGGAGAGAACUUUGACGAUGUGAGACGGUUCAUACGUGAAGACUUGAUGUAUAAGCUAGAGAACGGCACGAUUUAA